UAACAGAACUGCGACAUAUGAAAUGCGCGUAGGUUGGAGAUGUAUUUGCACUUCACUCGAUAUAAAAAGGACCUGGACAUUUCAAUUCCGUCACACACUUGUUUCCUUUCGUUCCGUAAGACAUUAUUUUCUAUAGCAUUAGAGAUGACAAUGAAGAAAUUCGAGCUUUUCGUUUUCGUGUUGGCCGCCUUUUUGGUGGUUUCCACUUCUGCAUUGCCACGAGUCGCUCGCAGUGCUCCGCAAUGUCCGGCGAAUGACGUAGGAACCGCUGUUUUCUUUCCAGAUCCGACUAACUGCAAAAACUAUUACAUGUGCUCGUGGGGUGUUGCCCAUUUGAAAUCGUGUCCUGACGGUUUGUAUUGGAACAAGGCCCUCAACGUCUGCGAUUUCGCCAGCAAUGUCAUUUGCUAGUUGAAGGUACGAGUGGAGAAGAACGACGUCCACGAGCGACCUGUAUUUACCGCUCAAAAAAUCUAUUGUUUAUGACGUCGAUUCAAUACAAUAAGAAGUUUGCAUCAGAA